UUUGACAUCGCCAGCUGAGUUUUUUCUUUUUGUUUUUUCCGUGCGUGUAACUUCUUGGAUACCUGCGCGUUGUCCUUCAUAAAUGUCGGACUGAAUAUAACUGCUAUGACAGGGAAACUAGCGGAGAAGCUCCCUCUUACCAUGAGCAGUUUAAUAAACACGAUCCCUGACAGUCUCUACCCAGAAGAGGACAUCCCGACGUCUAUGAAUAUUUUCACCAGUACGGAAUCUAUUAACCACUAUUCCCAGAUGAACGCGGAUAAUAUCAUGGAUCUGGGCAUGGGAAGCGAGAAAUCAUCGGCAGAGAUUCAGUAUGGAUCCAGCUUCCAGUCCAACCGCAGCGGGCAGACUGUCACCUAUCUGGGGAAGUUUGCCUUUGACACUCCUCCGUCUGGUGGCAUUGGUGGCUCCGGCUGGUGCUCUGACAACAAUAUCAUAAGUCUGGUCAGUGCAGGGAUCCUGGGGGUUUCUCCCUCACCCGGUACGGUAACGACGCAGACAUCAUCCUCCGCAGCCGGCAUGGGCGGGCAGCCGUCAGACAUGGAACAGGUCUAUGGUCCACCGAUGCCUGCCUAUUCUACCUGCGGUGACCUGUACCAGGAUCAGGUCUCAUUUCACCACAGCCCUGCCACGAGCACGGCUCUAGCCUACCCUGGCAAUGACUAUCACUCCACAUCCAAAGCCUCCAUGGACGGCAGCCUUUUCUCCAUGAUCCCCGACUACAACCUUUUCCAUCAUCAGGGGGAUGUUGGGGUGAUGGAGCACAAGCCCUUCCAGAGUAUGGACCCCAUCCGAGUCAACCCUCCCCCCAUCACACCCCUGGAGACCAUCAGAGCAUUCAAAGACAAGCAACAGAUUCACCCAGGGUUCAUGGGUGGGCAGCAGCACCCUCCCCAGCACCACCCACCGCCACAGACUCUCACCCUCAAACCCAUCCGGCCACGGAAGUACCCCAACCGUCCCAGCAAAACCCCGGUCCACGAGCGGCCGCACGCCUGUCCGGCAGAGAACUGUGACAGACGCUUCUCCCGCUCAGACGAGCUCACGCGUCACCUUCGCAUCCACACAGGUCACAAACCCUUCCAGUGCAGAAUAUGCAUGCGCUCCUUCAGCCGGAGUGACCACCUGACCACGCACAUCCGCACGCACACAGGCGAGAAACCCUUCUCCUGCGAGUUCUGUGGACGCAAGUUUGCCAGGAGUGACGAGCGAAAGAGGCACGCCAAGGUUCACCUGAAACAGAAGGACAAGAAGCCGACCGACAAGAGCAGUGGGGCGCCUGGGAGCCACAGCUCGCCGCCCAGCUCCUGUGGGGGGCCGACAGUGGGAACGUCAUGACCGUCACUACGUGCACUUGGACUGAGCCCUCACCAUGCCCCAUAAAGAGACUCAUGAAGAAGGGAUCACGUCCACUAUGAGAUAAAUAGGUGACUUUUUUCCCUCUCUUUUACAUGCCGUGCUCCUUUCAGUUGUAGUCCUUCUAUUUUGAGAUGGAUGCCUUUAGUUUAAUUAAAGCGGAGGAAGGCUGCUACGCCAUUCUCUUUCAAGCAACUCAGAGCCUCAGCUACUGUAACACAGUGCCACCACAAAGAAGGGCACCUUGGCACACACUGCCCAAAAGCCCACUGUGUGUGUUAGGUUUCAGGGGUGGAUACACUUUUGUAAAUUUUGCCGAGAAUUUCUAAAUUGGGAGGAAGCCAGAAUCCAUCACAAGGGUCGAACAGACAAAAUAAUAAAUGGAGCUCAGUGGGAGGUAUGCAUUAAUGAUAUUAGGCUGUUUAAAAGUGCAAUUGGUUAUAUUUGUGUACUGUCAUUGAUACCUUAUUAGUGGCACUUGACUGUCUUUCUGAUGUUUUUGUUGAGGUGUAGUGUUUUUAAUUUUCUAUUUGAAUGUUGUUUUCUCAACAGAAUCUGCCAAAUGUAUUGUGUUGAUUCAGCCAACUUGGUUCUUAAUAUUGUGCCUGAUGUUUGCCAAACAUAAAAGUGAUAUCAGCUUAGCACACAUGUUGAGUUCGAGGUGAGAUCAGACUCAGACAGCGGAUCUCCGAUUUAGAUUUAGAGUUGGAUUUGAAGAAUUAGGUUCAAUCUAGAUGACUGAAUGGGUCGCACGAAAACAAACCAAUGUCUUGUCCUGUUACCUGUACUUAUAAAAACAAACAUGCCUGCAGCAA